AACUCUUGCAUAUGUUCCCAUUGUUCCUAUGCUACAGAAGUUGCUUAACAAAACAGAUGUUUUAGACAAAGCUAUGUCAGAAAAAGUACAUGUCCCUCAGGAAUUCAGAUCAUAUGCUGAUGGGCAAUACUUUACUGAAAAUCCAUUUCUUGCAAAAGAUGAGUUCACAAUUGCUCUUGUACUUUACAUUGAUGACUUUGAAGUCGCCAAUCCUCUUGGAACAUCAAAGCUAAAACACAAGAUGUGUGCAGUAUACUGGGUUAUUGCAAACAUACCUUCAAAAUAUCGGUCAACCCUCAGCUCUAUCCAACUUGCUCUACUGUGCAAUACCUCCACAGUCAAGGAGUGUGGUUAUGCAAAAGUUUUCCAACCUUUGAUCUAUGAUCUAAAAUUAUUGGAGCAGAAUGGCGUUUACCUGGAGCAACUAGGUGCCAGUGUGAAAGGUACACUCUUGUAUGUUGCAGCUGACAAUCUUGCUGCCCACUCUCUUGCAGGUUUCCUGGAGAGUUUUACUGUCGACAAAUUCUGCAGAUUCUGUUUGGCAAGCAGUAGAGACACUCAACAACUACAGAUGGCUAUGGAACAGAAAUUAACAAUGCGAGUUAUCGUCUCCGAGGGAGAUAUAAGAAAGAUGACAAUGAACCCUCGACCAUACAUACUUGAAGAUUUGAUUAGCUGGCUCAAAGGCACUCUCCAAACAAACUACAAUUUUACCUUACAGUACCAAGAUCCUGAAUUUAAUAAUGAAUUAUGCAACCUCACAGACUUGUCUGAGCUCCCAGAUAAACCAACAGUUAAAAUCAUCCCUAUCGUUGAGCUUGUACCAGUCCCUGGAGGUUCUGAAUUAUGUAGUGACACAGGCAGCCAGGCAGACACAGAGAUCCUGUCCAUCUCUUUGGAUAGAAGUUCUCAGUGGCCAGAGGUAUUUGAAAUUCCCAAAUUUCAAGUCGAUGUAGAGUAUAGACUACGCCAAGGUAACCUGCAGUAUCUCAGGGAUGCAACCUUUCUUAAAGUCACAAAAGAACUAAAGCAUGACAUACUCGAGAAAUUGGCUGAGACCAUGUAUGCAUUUAAAGCAUACCCAACGAAAGAAGAUUUUGAGACUGUUGCUAAGGCUUUAGUGCAAACACACCCAUGCCUUAAAGAAACCGGGUCACCCUCUGGCUGGAACGGUUGGAAGAAUAGCCUUAAGUUCAAAAUGGGUAAUUAUAGAACCAAAAUGCGGCAGCUGGGUCGACUUGAUGUUACUGUCAAUGGUGGCAAGCGAGGAAGUGACACUACAAAUGGCGAUCCUCCCAACACACAGAUCAAGAAGCCAAAGAAAGGGGAAAUAAAUUUCCUGCCUGAUUUUCCAGAGGGGAUGAAUGACCAGACCAUGGAAGUAGCUCGUGAGGUUCUGGUCAAUGAAAUGAUGAAGACAAAGCCAAAGGAAUCCCUGGUUAAGAAAGAGAUGGAUGUGACAUUUGCUUUUCGCAGAAAGGAGAUUGUCAAAGAGAAGCCUGCCAUCAGCCAGCUGGUGCCAGCCAGCUCUUUUUACAGAAAAUCAGGUUUCUUAUGAAUUUGGCAGAGUGGUAGGGAAAAAUCUCAGAGAAAACUUCUUGGAUGCACUUGACCAUUUGACUCCAAGCCUCAUUAACCUCUUCAAAAAGAAGAAAGGCCUUACUGGUCAGCUUUUGGCUGAACUUUUAUGCCAGACAAAGACAACUGAGCCAACAGACGUCAGAUGCCUUUGUCUUCGGGGACUUCCGGUCAUCUUGGGCGAUGAUCCUUCUGCUUUCUUCAAGACCUGCUUUGACACAGCUGACAAUGACUUGUACAGGCAAACUCCAGUGGGAUUGCUUUUCAUCGGUGAAGAGAACCUUAAGCUGAACCCGUCCAAAGUGGGAAUCAUCUUGGAAGGGAAUGUGGUGAUGUAUGACCUGGCCAACCUUCCUCAGGCCUUCUGGGUCCUUUUUGGACUGAUAUAUGCCCUGCACCUGGACUAUCCCAAAUACAUGAAAAACACUUUUUGCUUUGUUCAGCAGGUGAUGUUAAACCUGGGUAAAAGUGAGCUGGCACCCAAAAUUCAGACUCUGAAAAACCAACUUACAGUGUAAAGAGGUGUUGUUACACUAUUUCUCCAGAUAUGAGAAAUAUUGUUUGUUCUUUUAGAAAAGCGACUUGUUUGCACUGUUAUGCCCUUUUUAUAUUUUAUGUUAUUGGAUUGGCACUGAUAUGUCUGGUUUCAUUCAGAUUAACAAACCAAAAACUGAGGAAAAUCAGUUUGCAGUGUUAAGUGGUGUUCUGAAUCGUUGCACUACUGCUCCUGAUACCAGGUGCCUAGUUUUGUGCUUUU